UUGAACACACGUGGAGAGUAUAGAUAAGAUAAAUUAAAGGACACAAUCGACUCAAGACGCACAUAUGUGCGCAUACGUACUUCUAGAAGAUAAACAAGACGCUUCGGCGGCGGCAGGAAAAACCGACACUUCACCAGACGGCUCAAAGUGACGCUAUAUCGUAAGGAGCUGGAGAUCUUUCGACUGUCUAGGGUAAGCGCACAUCCACCAAAGCUGCUGCACCAAUUUUCUCCAACUUACGAGUGCCCCAGUCGCCCAGCCGUUGUAGAAUUAACGCGCAAUAGGAGUGAGCAUCACCGGGAAAAGGAUGGAUUCCCAAACUCUUGCAAUAGCCACCAUGAUCAUAUUUUCCGAAAUGGGGGACAAGACCUUCUUCAUUACAGCGCUAAUGGCAAUGAAGCACUCCAAGGCAUCCGCCAUUGCAGGGGCGCUGUCGGCCAACGCAUUAAUGUCGGUCUUUUCAGCUAUGAUUGGUUCAAUCGCCUCAGUCAUGCAGAAGGACUACACGCAUUACCUGUCCGUGAUCCUUCUGGUUAUAUUCGGCUCCAGAAUGAUCGCUGAAGGUUACGCGAUGGAAAAAACCCAAACUAAGGUUGUUAUCCAGGAAGCUGAAAACGAGACGUCUGGAGCGAAGAGCAGCUGGACAAAAGUUGCGGGCAACUCUGCGCUCGCACAGACGUUCCUCUUGACAUUUUUGGGAGAAUGGGGGGAUAGGUCGCAGAUCUCCACAAUCGCUCUCGCAGCCAAUGAGAGCGUCACGAAAGUUGCUGCGGGCGCCAUCUUGGGCCACGCGGUGUGCAUCGUGGUUGCUGCUUACGGUGGAUGCCUGAUAGCGAAUAGGAUGUCCUUGCGUUCAGUUACUCUUCUUGGCGGUUGCGUCUUCUUACUGCUGGCCUGCUCGAACGUCAUCAUGGGGCCCACAAUCUGGAAUGCACCAUAGUCACUUCACCACCACUUCCAUUGCCUAUAUUAUUCGUCACCAAUUAAACUGAUUUGCGCGCUGUACAAA